GCCCUAGCGCUACUGGCGAGAGAGGCGGGCCCGCCGCCACCUGCCCCCGGCGUCUCCCGCCGCGCUGGCGGCCUGGGGCGGGCACAGCCCGCACGCCUUUGUGCUUCCUGCCGCGGCACCGGGGGGCGUGAGGGAGGGCCGGAGGGCCGGGCCGGCGGUAGCGGCUCUGCCGCGGCCUUCGCUGCCACGUCAGUGCCGCCGCCCUGCGCCGAGGUAUCCGACGGUGUACCCCGAGGGCGGCGGGCGGGGGUCUCUGCCGCGCCGCCUCCCGAGCUCCGCCGAGGAGGCAGGUAGCGGCGAAGGGAGAACUUGGCGGGGGCUGCAGGUGUAUGCAGAAUGCUUCUCUGAAAACAACUAGAAAUCUUCACAAGGGAAUAUAUUUGCACCUUCAGCAGGGGACGUGAAAAGGAACCUCCCUUAGGAUCCACUGCAGCCUGGUGACCAGGGGACUCUACUGCAAAGUGGGUAUACGAGCUUGGAUCUUCAUAGACGAAGGAGACAUUGAAUUGCAGGCAAUAAUGAAUCAAACAGACAAAAAUCAACAGGAAGUCCCAUCAUACCUUCAUGAUGAACCACCAGAAGGUUCACUAAAAGACCACCCACAGCAGCAGCCUGGGAUGCUUUCUCGUGUGACUGGUGGCCUUUUCAGUGUCACAAAGGGAGCUGUUGGUGCAACGAUUGGAGGUGUUGCUUGGAUUGGAGGGAAGAGCUUGGAAAUUACCAAAACAGCAGUCACAUCUGUGCCUUCAAUGGGAGUGGGGCUUGUCAAAGGAAGUGUUUCUGCUGUAGCUGGAGGUGUUACAGCUGUAGGAUCUGCUGUAACAAGUAAAAUGCCUUUAACGGGAAAGAAAAAGGAUAAGUCUGACUAAAACCAAAACUGAGACAUACUCAAUUCUCCAGCACAUUACAUCAGUGGCAUUAAAAUCUGCUAAGAUUUGGACCAUGAGAAGCCAUGUGUCUUAGACACUAUCUUCUAAAGAGUUGUGCAAGUAACUCCAUCUGAAAAGGCCAGAAGAAGCUUGGCUAGCACAGCCUAUGAAGAUUUUUUUAGGACCUAGAUUGAAUCUGUAUCUGGUGAAAUGUUACACUUGUAACUAUAGAAGUGAGUAACUGUACCUGAAGGGAUAAUACAUAUUUGAAUAUUCAUUUACUGUAAGUAUUUUGCAGUUUUGGACUAAAAUGUGAACACAAACUUGGUAGUCUAUGACAAGAUGCCAUUUACUGUUCUCAGUGGUUUCCACGUCCUCCUGCUAAGGAUCUUUGAGCUGUGUAACAGCAUUUUUGGAUGUGCCCAAGUAGUUUGUUAUGAAACUGCAUUUGCAGGCAGCCUGUAAACUACUGGUGACUGCAAGCUGCUGAGGUGGUCUGGAGCAAAUAGAACUGGAGGUGUGUAGAAAUUGGAAAUGAGAUUGGGAGGUAGAGGUGAGAAAGUUUGACAUGGUAGAACUGAUCAUAAAGAGUAAACUAACUGCCUUAUUAGAGCAAAUACCUUUUUUUUUUUUUUUUUUGACUAGUUGAAGCUGUGUGAAGAACUGUUCUGUUGUUUCAGUGCAGCUCAGAGAAUGAGCUCUAGGCUCUCUUUAUGAAUCCUGGUAUCUGAAACAUUUUCGUUUUUACUGAAAACAAAAUUGCUCCAUCUCAGGUGUAUUUAAUGACAUGCAUCUAUCUCCUGCAAGUGGAAACUUGCUUCUAAUAAACUUAAAGACACUAGAAAAAGUGCUGGCGUAAUGGAAACCAGGCUGGUGUUUGUGGUCAUCUAGGAUAACUGUCUGAAAGAAAUUCCUUUCAUGUAGUUGGAAACCACUGAAGAACUAGCAAAGCUGUUCUCAGCAACAUGGUGCACCAGGUUAUCUUCCUGCCUAAAUACAAGAACUUUUUCACUACAUCCUUCUCCUCAAAAAAGGGAGAUGAGGCCUUAAAAAAAAACAUGAUGGAGGGGGAGUGAUAUAAAGAAAACAACAUUCUUGAUCCAAGUAAAUGAUAACUGACGGGUUCCAAACGUUGAUGCACCUUGGGCAGGAACAGCUGUGGGUCUUCUGCAGUACAUAAGGCAUAAUGCACUUCCACAGACACAGCUUGAGGUUGCCUUAAAAUAGAAGCUGUUGGUGAUCUUUUGUGUACUGACUUUGCAAACAAUAACCUCUUUGGAUGCCCAGAGAGGAAGGCUGUGAAUGUUGUGCAUGCAGUAUUUUCUGAAAACUUGUGUUCCUACAGAGAACUUCUAAGCACGUAAGUUUACUUUUUCAGUGGCUAUGGUUGUGCAAGAAGAAUAUAUAGCAAGACUUUUUUGAAAUAAAAAUCAAUUAGAACAUC